AUGAAUAAGGGAAAUGACAGCUCAGUGACUGAAUUUCUCUUGCUGGGCUUUUCUGUCUUUGGAAAGAAACCAACUCUACUUUUCCUAGGUUUCUCUCUUAUAUAUGGCACUAUCCUGGUCUUCAACCUCACCAUCAUGUCUGUCAUCCUGUUUGACCGGACUUUACACAGCCCCAUGUACUUUCUACUCUUUGCAUUCUCCGCAUCAGAAACCUGCACUACAUUUAUCACCAUCCCUAAGUUGUUGGUGACCCUGGUGACAGGCAGUCAAUCCAUUUCCUUUGAUGAGUGUGCCGUGCAGAUGUUUUUCAUUUCUGUAUUUGGAGCGAACAACUGUUUCCUGCUUGCUGCUAUGGCUUAUGACCGAUAUGUGGCUAUAUGCUGCCCACUUCAGUACCAGGUGCUGAUGAACAAAAGAAUUUGUACCCAAAUGGUAGCUGCUUCAUGUGUAACUGGAUGUAUCAUAGCACUGAGCAUUAAUACUCUCAUUUUCAGGUUACCCUUCUGUGGGUCAAACGGAAUCAGGCAUUUCUUUUGUGAUUUCCUACCUGUGCUUAGGCUGGCUUGCAUUGAUGAAUCGGUCUUGCACCUGACUAAUAUUGCAAUCAUUAUUUUGUGUGCCAUUGUUUUGCUGGGCACAGUCAUGGUGAUGUUUGUCUCAUACCUUUACAUCAUUUCUGCCAUCCUAAGGAUCCCCUCCAGUGUAGGAAGGCAGAAAGCCUUCUCCACAUGUGCCUCCCACCUCACAGUGGUGAUAACACACUUUGGGUGUGCAUCCUUUGUGUAUUUGAGACCCAAGUCUUCCUCAUCGCUAGAUCAGGACACAUUGAUCUCAGUGACUUAUGUCUUUCUAACCCCUCUACUGAACCCUGUGAUUUAUACCUUAAGAAACAGGGAGGUUAGAAUAGCCAUAAAGAAAUUACUAGUGCACUCAUUCUGUUCUCAGAAACUGUGA